AUGGUUUCUUCAAGUAAUAAUAAUGUCAACGAAGAUAAUAUUGACGAAAUCUCUAGACUGAAACGAACGAUCGAUUUUGAUACAAACGACGAUGGCACCAACAAUGAUACAAACGACAAAGCUAUUAACGACGAUGUCGAAAUGAUAGAUAUGCAAAAAAGUCAUCAUUCGGUUAAACUUAACGAUAACAGUGCAGAUUUCUACGAUCGAACAUGCAUUAACGUUAAUAAAAAUAAUAAUGAUACGUUGUUUGAUCCUGAAACUUUGGAUUUCACAGAUUUUGAUGGAAUUUAUUGUGACGAAGAGGAAGAAGUAGACAAAAAUGAUUAUCAAGCUUAUAAACGAUACUUGGAGACCGACUAUUUUUCGUUCGUAUCGAACUACAGCAGCAGCAACGAUGAUAAUCAAUCAGUAUCUACAAUCACCACAACUACAACCACUACAACCACUACAACCGCUGACGACGAUGACUACCUAAGUUUUAAAACAGCAAGCGGCAAUGUAUCUGAGUUUGUAAAUAGUCAAUAUGAUCAAUUCUUAAUAAUCAAUAAUAACGAAGGCUUCUCUACUAUCAAUGACGACAUAACCAAAGUUCCGGAAUUUCAUUUCUCUACUAAAUCUGCGUAUCAGAGUUCGCUGGUUGAGCAUUAUCAGAAAAAAAUAAUGGGAAUUCAACAACAAAAACAAUUACAACAUUAUUAA